AUGAUGGGCUACUUCAUCGCCAUGUUCGAUUCAACGCUCAUGGCUUCGAGUCAUCCUGUCAUCACAUCCUACUUCAACGCCUCCAAUUCAGCGUCAUGGCUAUCAACAGCAUUUCUGCUGACCUCGACAUCCCUACAACCACUUAUGGGCCGUCUAUCCGAUACUAUCGGCCGUAGACCCCUGUAUCUUGCUGGCAUCCUUCUCCUCACUGCGACCACGGCUUGGUGCGCUGCGGCGAAUAGCAUUGGCAGCUUCAUUGCCGCAAGAGCUAUCUGUGGAAUCGGUGCAGCCGGAUUGCUUUCCAUGGGAAACGUUAUGACGAACGACCUUGUCAGUAUAGAAGUGCGAGGUACUUACCAAGCGUACAUCAACCUUUUCUACGGUGGUGGGUCGGCAUGUGGUGCUGCAUUCGGAGGGUUUCUUUGCGACAAGCUUGGAUGGAGAAUGACCUUCGCCAUACAACUUCCGGUUCUCAUUGCACUCUUCAUCAACGCAUACCUCACUACUCCCGUCACUUUGGGCCCAUGCCUAGCGAAAAGCUCUGGGCUAGGCGUUCGGGACGCUAUGAAAGGCUUCGACUUCGCAGGCUCCUUCUUCCUCACUGUGUCUGUUGCGUUCCUUAUCCUGGGACUCAAUCUUGGCGGCAACAUUUUCCCGUGGCAGCACCCUUUCGUAAUCGUAUCGCUUGUUGUUGCUGUCAUCGCUGGUGCAAUUCUUCUUCGCGUUGAGUCCCGCGCUCAUAGGCCUGUAAUGCCUCUCCCUAUGCUCUUCAGCCAGCCACGGGGUAACCUCGUUUUCAACAAUUUCUUCGCGCAGAUCGGCAUGAACAGCAUCCUAUUCAAUGCGCCUCUUUACUUCCAAGCCGUGAAGCUAGAGUCUGCAUCGAUAUCAGGCUUCCGACUUGCCGGACCCUCAGUCGCGCUCACUAUCUGCGGUGUAUCAUCUGGCUUCAUCAUGACGGCCACAGGACGCAUGAAGUGGCUCAUCGUAGUUGGCUCACUGUUCAUGCUCAUCGGCGCAAUUUGUCUAUCUUCAUUGUGGGACAACAUACCUCCAUGGCUGGCGACCAUUUUUCUCGUCCCUUCGAGCAUCGGACAAGGCUUAAGUUUCCCGGCAACAAGUCUCGCCGUGCUCGCCACGAGCUCACAAGAAGACCAGGCUGUCAUGACCAGCACUCUUCUUCUCGGGCGCCAGUUGGGCAUCGUCAUGGGUGUCAGCCUCAGCAGCCUGAUCUUACAGAACUCGUUGACCACCUAUCUCGAGCAGCUUAUCAUCGAACAAGUCCGCAAAUCCGUCCGAAGCAUCAUCGACCUCGACCCUAAGCACCAAAUCCAAGUCAUCGACGCAUACAGCCGCAGCCUACGCAUCGUCUUCAUCUCCGCAAUCGCGGUGUAUUUGAUUGUGAAUAUUCUAGUUUGGGGGAUUGAGUUGCCGAGGUUGGGCAAGAAGGUUGCAGAUGAUGAACAUGAGGGUGGAGAGGAGUAG